AUGGCUGAAGAAGAGCAUAUUGAUGCACCUGCAUCAAUAACCGAGCCUGUUGGAUAUCCAGGAGGACCGUGCGAUACCUCUCUUUUAGUUAAGUACGAACACCAUAUUGCUAGACAUAUAUGGUUCGGUGAGGAGAGAGGUUCGAAGAAAGAGUUAAAGUUAGCAGAACAUGGGUUGAAGUUGAUUCAAAGGGUUCCACUAUAG